AUGAAAAUCAAUUUAUAUUAUUGUCUAUUGAGAGGACUGAAGCCGAAAACUGCUGUCAAUUACCGACAAUUAUGGACCAAAUCGGGUGAUAACAACAACACCUCAACCACUACAUCGGCGGUAUCGGCACUGCAUGUGUUGGGCAACGGAUCCGCUGGUAAUCCCUGUUCAGUAUGUCUGUCCAGUGAUGACCGACUCUAUCUGUUUAAUUGUGGCCAAGGAUUGCAACGAUUUCUUCCUCAAUACCGAGGACUGAAGCUGAAGACUGCAGUCAAUUACCGACAAUUAUGGACCAAAUCGGGUGAUAACAACACUACUACCACUACAUCUGCAUCGGCGGUAUCGGCACUGCUUGUGUUGGGUAACGGAUCCGCUGGUAAUCCCUGUUCAGUAUGUCUGGCCAGUGAUGACCGACUCUAUCUGUUUAAUUGUGGCCAAGGAUUGCAACGAUUUCUUCCUCAAUACCGUAUAAAAGCCGUGAAAUGUCAGAACCUAUUCCUCACAAGUAAUUCCUGGCACAACAUAUCCGGUAUUUCUGGUCUACUAUUGACACAAAUAGACUCCGGAAUCAAGAGAUUCACAAUUCAUACCAAUGACAGCCAAAAACUGUUGGAUUUGAUCCGUUAUUUUGACGUCAAAUUAGACAACUGUCAGCUAUCGGCUGUCGACUACUAUCAAUCGGAUCCGACAACAGACACGAUAUUUACCGAUAGUUAUGUCGAAAUUAGGCCAAUAGUUGUCAACAUCGGCGACCGUAAUACUGAUCGCACAGUUGUCUACUUUUGUAAAGUCAACCGAAAAGCGGGACAACUAUUGCUGGACAAGUGUUUUCAUUUGAAAAUCCCCAGAAAUUUAUUACCGAAACUCAAAUCAGGCGAAACUCUCGAAUUGGACAACGGUUUGACUGUCCGACCAUCUGAUGUGAUGACAGCCGAAGUGCCGGAACAAUCGUUUGUGAUUCUUGAGUGUCAAUCACUUGAAGUAUUGAAUAGUAUUUUAUUGAACGACAAAUUUUUAUUGAAUUUAAAUGAAACUUACGAUUCAAUUGAAUGUGUUGUUCAUAUGACUACUGAUUUUUUAAUGAAAUCACAUGAAUAUCAGUCAUUGAUAUCACUGUUUAGAUCCGAAACCAAACAUCUGAUACUAAACGAAAUGAAUCCAAGUUUUGGUUUAAUUUCAUUACACAGAACUCAAUCGCAAUUGAAUUCAUUGGAUGAGAAAAUUUUUCCCUUAAUUAAAGAAAAUAUUGAUUACAAUAAAAGUGUAAUUAAUUUAUAUAAUAAUAAUAUUAACGAAAACCUGAUUUCCUGUCAAACAGGACUACAAUAUGUGUUCCGACCUCUCGGACAAAGAGGCGUCAGUUUUGAUGGACUCGAGUUAGUCAGUAUGAAGUUUAUACGCGAAGACGCACUGUUAGAUCAUCUGAAAAAUGAAAGACAAGGUUUAGCCGAAAGUAUAUCGGAUUUAAAAGCCAAACAACAACUACUUGAAAGUCAAUCAAAUAGUAAUGUUUCCGAAGAUAAACAAUAUCCAGAAAUAGUAUUUUUGGGAACAAGUUCUGCACAACCGUUGCUUAAUCGUAAUGUUUCUGCAAUUUUAGUCAAUAUUACCGAUGAGUCGUCAAUACUUUUGGAUUGCGGUGAAGACACUAGCGGUCAGUUGUAUCGCUUCUAUGGUUCAAAUUAUAUUAACAAUUAUUUUUACCAGAAAUUAAAAGCCAUAUUUGUUAGCCAUAUUCAUACUGACCAUCACAUGGGACUCAUUCAACUAAUCAAAGACUCGUAUAAAUAUACAAACAAACCGUUGACUAUAUUUAUACCGCCGAUGGUUAACGAUUGGCUAAAUCAAUAUAAUCGAGAGUUUGAAGAUAUUAGCCAUCAAUAUGUUUGUUACGCGACAACUGAACUCUGCGACAAAGAUAUUACAAGUGUUUUGUCUGAUUUAAGACUCAAUCGAUUGGAAGCGAUUCCAGUUGUUCACUGUUUGGAUUCGUUUGGUGUCCUACUAGAGACCAUUGAUGGCAAUAAACGAAUUGUCUAUUCCGGUGACGCCGAACCAACCGAUCAGCUUAUCGACAGAGGACAGGGAUGUGAUCUACUCAUACACGAAGCCACUCAGGACGACUCGUUGGCACUGUUGGCCAGAAAACAGUGUCACUCAACCGUAUCGGAGGCCAUCGAUGUCGGUCGAAGAAUGUCUGCAAAGUUUACUAUUUUGACACAUUUUAGCGCCCGUUUCGGUAAAAUGCCGUUAAUUCCCGACAAUGUGUUCGACGACAAUAAUGGACGACUUGGUAUUGCCUAUGAUUUUAUGAGAGUAUCGUUAAAUCAAUUGAAUCGAUUGCCAAUACUAUUGCCUACACUUCGUAUCGAACAACUCUUCAAUAAUAACACUAAUAGUAUAGACAUCAGCUUUGGUGUCAUAUUUGCGACCACUUAUGACUUCGGGUGCCAUAUAUUUAGGACUUCCCACACCUGA